AUGAUUUUGUCUUUGUUUCCAAUUGCCUUAGUUAUAAUACUAUUUUUCCCUUACAUUAUUGCAUAUGAAUUUGCUUCCAGUGUAACAGUUGAUCAAUCUGGUAAAGGACAAUUCAAAACCAUUCAAGAUGCAAUUAAUUCUGUUCCUUCAGGAAAUAAUAAAUGGUUUCGCAUCCACAUUUCUUCAGGCAUCUACAAUGAGAAAGUAUCGAUUCCACCGGAGAAGGAAUGCAUAUAUUUAGAAGGAAGUAAUUUAUCUAAACCGAUAAUCACAUCAGAUAAUCAUAUUUCAAGCGAAAGUGCCACCUUCCGUUCUUCGGCCAAUAACUUUGUUGCAAAUAACAUAAAAUUCGUGAAUUCUUAUAAAAAUGUUAAGUCAGCACCAGCAGCAAUAGUAUAUGGAAAUAAAACAACAUUUAAAAACUGUGAAUUUAUUGGAUACAGAAAUACACUUGCUGAUUUUAAGGGUACCCACUACUAUAGAUCUUGUUACAUUGAAGGUGCAAUAGAUAUUAUUUGGGGAUGGGGUCAAUCCUUUUUUGAGACAUGCAAGAUAAAAGUUACCAGUGGACCGAAUUCUAAAGGCUAUAUUACUGCACAAGGGCGAGAUUAUGCAGAAGAUUCCAAUGGCUUUGUGUUCUGGAGGUGUGAUGUUGAUGGUAUUGGGCAAGCAUAUCUUGGAAAAGCUUAUGGUUCAUCCUCUAGAGUCGUUUUUAUUGAAUCCAACAUGAGUUCGGUUGUGAUUCCUGCGGGAUGGGAUGCAUGGUUUCACGACAAAGCUGGUUUAACUUAUGUAGAGGCCGGUUGUCGAGGGUCAGGUGCUAAUUCUGUUCUAAGAGUGCCAUGGACGAGGAUAAUGGAGUAUAAUGAAAAAGCUCUUGAGCAAUACUCAUUGGAAAAUUUUGUUGACAAAGAUCAAUGGAUAGCAGAUACUCUUUUAGUUACAUUGGAAAAAGUAUCGAUUUCAAGUGACAAGGAAUUCAUAUUUCUAGAAGGAAGCAAUGUAUCUAAACCAAUAAUCUCAUCGGAUAUUCAUCUUUCAAGCCAGAGUGCCACUUUGAAUUCUUCUGCCAAUAAUUUUGUUGCAAAGAACAUCAAAUUCUUGAACCUUUAUAAUAUAGAUCGGAAGAUGAUAAACGUUACGUCAUCACCGGCAGCAACAAUAUAUGGAAAUAAAACAGCAUUUUAUGAUUGUGAAUUUAUUGGAUACACAAAUAUACUUGCUGAUUUUAGGGGUAGUCACUACUAUAGAUCUUGUUUCUUUGAAGGUACAUCAGAUAUUAUUUGGGGAUGGGGUCAAUCCUUUUUUGAGCAAUGCAAGAUAACAGUUAUUGGCGAACCGAAUACUAAAAGCUAUAUUACUGCACAAGGGCGAGAUUAUGCGGAAGAUUCCAAUGGCUUUGUGUUCACGAGGUGUGAUGUUGAUGGUACGGGGCAAGCGUAUCUUGGAAGACCUUAUGGCGCAUCCUCUAGAGUUGUUUUCAUUCAAUCCACGUUGAGUUCGGUUGUCAUUCCUGUAGGAUGGGAUGCAUGGAUGCACGAGGGUAACAAAGAUGGUUUAACUUAUAUAGAGGCAGGUUGUCAAGGAUCGGGGGCUAAUUCUUCAUUAAGGGCGCCAUUUACCAGGAUACUGGAUACUAAAAGUGAAGCUCUAGAGGAAUUCUUGCCGGACAAUUUUACUGACAAAGAUAGAUGGAUAAGCGAAACUUUUGAAAUUAUAGCGUAA